AAGCGGAGCUGUCGACAGGUACACGACACAGCUGACUGGGCGCGCGCAACCGUUCGCUCUCCGUGGUGCUGAACGUUCUCCUAACCGCUACCUGCCUCACUGUAGAUCGUCACGAAAGAUAAAGGAGAGUGGAGCUUCUUCCACUGGAAAAUAGCCAUACAAUUUAGACUUUUCCGCAUAAUCAUCGACGUUGUUUCUCUCAUGAUCUUAUCAUAUUAUGGACACAUUUCAAACGUUAUCAAGAGGGUGAUUUUUUUAUUUUUUUUAUUUUAGCAAUUGACUGGGAUCUGUAGCCUACAAGAUGGCACUGAAUGGAUGUACAUUUCACAAGGCAAAGGAAGAUUUAUCAGACUGUUUUGUGACUGUGAAACCAUACCAUAUCAGAUUGGUCGCCUAAUUCUGCAAUAUAAUCGUUUUUUUCUCAGCUCAUUCAAUACACCUGGCGUUGGAUGUCUAAACCUCGAUUUUCUUCCGAGAAAGAGGCACAUAAUUCGGAUUCACAUUUUACCGAAUAUGUUUAGCAAUAUUCUAUAUUUGAAUUAUUUAUCGUAAUAUAAAAGAAAUCGAGCAGAAAUCAAGAAAAAUUUGGAAUCAUGGAAUCCGAUCCCGAACCCGUUAAGCAUCGGGCUUUCCCGCCCAGUAAAGAAGGGCUGAAGAAUUUGGCAGGAAAGACCUUCGGCCAUCUGUACAGGGUGGUGGAGAAACGUCAGAAGACAGGUGAGGUGAUCGAGUUAACGGAGGACGGACGGCCCUCGGAGCAGCAGGAGAAGAAACCGCCUUUAUGUGACUGCACGUGCUUCGGCCUCCCGCGCCGUUACAUCAUCGCCAUCAUGAGCGGCCUCGGAUUCUGCAUCUCCUUCGGCAUCCGGUGUAACCUGGGCGUGGCUAUCGUGGGCAUGGUCAAUAACAGUACCAUACACAAGGACGGCAAGAUCAUCAUCACAGAGAAAGCGAAAUUCAACUGGGAUCCAGAGACGGUGGGGAUGAUCCACGGUUCAUUCUUCUGGGGCUACAUCGUCACACAAAUACCCGGAGGGUGGAUAUGCUCGCGACUAGCAGCAAACAGAGUGUUUGGGCUAGCCAUCUUCCUCACGUCCACCCUCAACAUGCUCAUCCCCUCCGCUGCCCGGGUGGACUAUCGCUGCGUCAUGUGUGUCCGGAUACUACAAGGUCUGGUGGAGGGAGUGACCUACCCAGCCUGUCAUGGCAUCUGGAGUAAGUGGGCCCCACCACUGGAGAGGAGCCGUCUGGCCACCACCUCAUUCUGUGGAUCCUAUGCUGGUGCCGUGAUAGCCAUGCCGCUGGCUGGGAUCCUGGUCCAGUACUCUGGCUGGUCCUCCGUCUUCUAUCUGUACGGCUGCUUUGGGAUGUUCUGGUACAUGUUCUGGAUCCUGGUGUCCUAUGAGAGCCCAGAGGUUCACCCCACCAUCACCGCCGAGGAGAGACGUUACAUCGAGGAGAGCAUCGGAGAGGGUCAAGAACUAUUCGGUCCUGCUAGCAAAUACAAGACUCCGUGGAGGAAGUUCUUCACCUCAAUGCCCGUCUAUGCUAUCAUCGUGGCCAACUUCUGCAGGAGCUGGACGUUCUAUCUGCUCCUCAUCAGCCAGCCGGCCUACUUCGAGGAGGUGUUCGGCUUCGAGAUCAGCAAGGUGGGCAUGGUGUCGGCCCUGCCUCACUUGGUGAUGACCAUCAUCGUGCCCAUCGGAGGACAGCUGGCUGACUGGCUACGCACCAGAAACAUCCUGUCUACUACCACCGUCAGGAAGAUCAUGAACUGUGGAGGGUUUGGAAUGGAGGCUACCUUGCUUCUCGUGGUUGGUUUCUCUCACACCAAGGGUGUGGCCAUCUCUUUCCUGGUCAUGGCUGUGGGCUUCAGUGGCUUCGCUAUAUCGGGUUUCAAUGUGAACCACCUGGAUAUCGCCCCUCGCUAUGCCAGUAUCCUGAUGGGUAUAUCUAACGGCGUGGGAACCCUGUCAGGGAUGGUGUGCCCACUCAUCGUUGGGGCCAUGACCAAAAACAAGACUCGAGAGGAGUGGCAGUGGGUGUUCCUCAUCGCCGCCCUGGUUCACUACGGAGGGGUCAUCUUCUAUGGAAUCUUUGCGUCGGGCGAGAAGCAGCCAUGGGCCGACCCGGAGCUGACCAGCGACGAGAAGUGUGGCUUCAUCGACGAGGACGAGCUGGCGGAGGAGACGGGUGACAUCACACAGGGCUAUAGUGGUGGCAUGGCGGCAGUAGGCGCAGGGAAGAGUUACGGUGCCACUACAACUGGGCUCAAUGGGGGCUGGGUGGCCCCAGACAGCUGGGAGAAUGUAGAGGAGGAACCAGCUGGACAGACCUGGGCAGAUUGAGACUACUCAUAGAACAGGGCCGUAUGUAUCGAGUGUAUCAGAGCAGAAGUGCUGAUUUUGGAUCAUUUUUUUGCCUUUAAUAUCAUAAUGAAUAAUAUUAGGUGGCUGAUCCAGAGAGAGAGAGAGAGAGAGAAAUGCCAUUGUGGUUUGCACAAAUUAGCAUAAAAGAAAUGUGAUACUGUAUGUAAAAUAUUUACGUAUAUUGAGGAAAAUAUGUAAAAUAAUAAAAUCACGCGUUGGUUCCACACAAGCAGGUUAAAAUAUCAGUGUAAAAUAUAUUUCCAGUUCAUCGCAAUGCAGCUCAAUCUGUAAUAGAGUGUGAUUAUAAUCCCCAUGUCGCCCAUCUAGAGCCUUCGAUCCUAGCAGUUUAAGGGCAACGGUAGGCCUAGUUAUUAUACCUUCAAGGCUCCCUAACCUCAUAAAAAAAGUACUUGAAACAACAAACGAGCCAGAUAUUGUGAACGUCAUAAAACCCUCGUCUGAAAUAUCACUUUCUGAUUGCACUGAGUAAGUAUUAAAAAAAAAAAACGUAAAAAAAAUAAAUAGAUAUUAUUAUAUUUCUUAUCAAUGGCGUUUUAUGUACUUUAUAUAUACUGUUUCUGUGAGACUAUUGUGGAUUUGGGUCGUCGAUCUGUGUGACAAAUUGAUGUAAAAAGGCCAUAUUUUUCACGGACAUAAUCUUUUCAGGGAGUUGUAUGAUCCGCUUACAAAACAAAGUCUUGUUCUUGAGCAAGGCCUAAACAACUAAGGAAAAGACUUAAACUAGUGUGUGUGUGUGUGUGUGUGCGUGCGUGUGCGUGUGCGUGUGAAGUAUAAACCUCAGUGUAAUAUUUAUGUGCGUUGUUGCAUGAAUUUGCUCAAAUAGAUGUUUCUAAAACAGCUUUUUCAUAGCCACCGAUAGUCCUCAUCCCUUGAACUGCUUUAUUUUGAAAUAAUAUGUCAGUGAUAACAUGGACUUUGAUGUUCAUAUUAGUGUAUCCAUGAGAGAUUUUAAAAAAUAAAAAAUAAAAGGUAUAUAUAAUGAUUGCACUAUAAGCACAGAAUUACACUAGAAUGAACAUUGGCACCCUGUCGUCAUGACUACAGGGUGGCCAUCUUGGAUUGCUAUUGCAUUUCUACAUGUGAAGGAGAACUUUCCUCUCAAGGGCAUCAUUGAUUACUGUGUUUUGCUGUGCAUUGCAAUAAUUCCCCCAUGCAACGGUUGCUACUAUCCAUCCUGUUUCUGUUCCGUAAACUAGUGUAACACUGGCUUGCUGUGUCAAACUAGGUAUUUUUUUGUGGGGCGUGGGGGUGUCAUGAAGAUAAAGGAGAAUAAAAAGUGUACGUUGAUAUGAAAUAAAUCGCUGCUGUUCUAGGUUUUUUUUUUAAAGACCAAUUACAACACUGCUUUAUAAUACAGAGAACGAUUAUAACAUUUUUGCCAGACGAGAAGAUCUGAAAAUUGAAAACAAUUGAAUGUUCGUGUUGAUCUAGACGUGUCUUCAUUUCUUUCGUUGCCAACCUACAGUAAGUGGUCCUUUUUUGAAAGUAUAUUGUAUUUGUGUGAUAACCCACUGAAUUAUCAUGAAUGUUCAUUGGCUUGAAUGAAUCUUCAUGGAUGGGAUGUCCUUUCUUUUCCUUAUUGUUUGCUAAAAAAGUAAUAAUAAUGAAUUGUCUGCAAGGGUGUUUAAAAAAUAUAUACAAAUACUGAAAAAGUACUGACGAAUGUUGCUAUAUUUGGGCUUUGAGUCCGACGUUUAUGUAUAAAUUAUAAAUGUGUUUGUAUGGCUUCUAAUAAUAUCGUGUUUAUUGGAGAGGUUUGCUGAUGUCAAAAAAGUGUUAUAUAUAUAUAAAUGCUGAAAUCAUUUUAUAAAGAAAUAACUACCUAAACAA